UUGAGGAAACGUUAUUGCGAAUACGAAGUGCGAGAUAUUGCGAGAGCAGCUGAUCUGCCGCAAUCUGCCGGGAAUAUCGUUUUUUGUGUAUUUAGAGGAACAGUCAAAAGUAGUAUAUUGAAAAAAAAUGACUGCUUUCGAAGAAAUGGGUGUUUUGCCAGAAAUAGCAAAGGCAGUCGAUGAAAUAGAUUGGACAUUACCAACUGAUGUUCAAGCUGAGGCCAUUCCGCUAAUUCUGGGUGGUGGAGAUGUACUGAUGGCUGCGGAAACUGGCAGUGGAAAAACCGGUGCCUUCUGUUUGCCUAUUUUACAAAUAGUCUGGGAGACUCUCAAAGAUUUGGAGUCUGGAAAAGGAUCUGGAGCUGUUACACAGGCUCAACAACCAACACACUGGGGAUUAAGCCUGUUUGAUAGAGGACGAGCCUUGGCAGUAACACCAGAUGGUUUAAGAUGUCAGAGUAGGGAGCAGAAAGAAUGGCAUGGUUGCCGUGCAAAUAAAGGGAUUUCAGGAAGUGGCAAGUACUUUUUUGAGGCUACAGUUACUGAUGAAGGUUUAUGCCGAGUGGGUUGGUCUACAUCUCAGGCUGCUUUGGAUUUAGGAACAGAUAGAUUCGGUUAUGGAUUCGGCGGUACUGGAAAGAAAUCGAACGCAAAACAGUUUGACAAUUAUGGCGAGGCCUUCGGAAUGCACGAUGUGAUCGGAUGUUUCCUCGACUUGGCGAGGGGUGAAAUCAAAUUUAGCAAAAACGGCGUGGACUUGGGUGUCGCAUUUACGUUAAACGCGCAACAAAAAUCGCAGACUUAUUAUCCGGCCGUCGUGCUGAAGAACGCCGAAAUGGCUUUCAAUUUUGGAGCGCAACCAUUUAAAUAUCCGCCUCCGAAUGAUUAUGUGGCUGUGUCGUCAGCUCCGAAGGAAUCCGUCAAGUGUAAUUCCGUCAACAGUAAUCAGAAUCAAUCAAAAGAAGGUGAUAAACCGACAAAUAACGCACCCCAAGCGAUCAUCAUAGAACCUUCUCGUGAAUUAGCUGAACAAACCUACAAUCAAAUUCAGAAGUUUAAAACAUAUUUGAAAAAUCCAACGAUUAGAGAGCUGCUCGUUAUCGGUGGAGUAAACGUGAAAGAGCAGAUUGCCACCUUAAAUUCAGGUGUGGACAUAGUCGUCGGCACUCCAGGACGCUUAGAGGAUCUUAUACAAGGCGGUUAUUUAUUGUUAACGCACUGCAGAUUCUUUGUGCUGGACGAAGCUGACGGAUUAUUGAAGCAAGGUUACACCGAACUUAUCGAUCGCCUGCACAAGCAGAUUCCAAAAACUACGUCAGACGGCAAAAGGCUGCAGAUGAUCGUGUGCUCGGCGACAUUACACGCAUUCGAAGUUAAAAAAAUGGCCGAACGUUUGAUGCAUUUUCCAACUUGGGUGGAUCUAAAAGGCGAAGACGCAGUGCCCGAGACUGUGCAUCAUGUCGUAGUGAUGGUAGAUCCGCAGAAGGACAAAUCGUGGCAUAAUUUGAGAAAUCACGUAGAAACCGACGGUGUACACGCGAGAGACAACGUGAGACCAGGGAAUAAUACCGCCGAGACGUUAUCGGAGGCUGUAAAGAUGCUGAAGGGAGAAUAUUGUAUACGCGCCAUCAAAGAACACAAGAUGGAUCGGGCGUUGAUAUUCUGCAGGACGAAACUCGAUUGCGACAAUCUCGAGAGAUACCUGAAGCAGGCCGGCGGACAGCAGUUCUCAUGUGUGUGCCUGCACGGAGACAGGAAGCCCGCGGAGCGUAAGGCCAAUCUGGAGAGGUUCAAACGUCAAGAGGUGAAAUUUUUAAUCUGUACCGACGUGGCGGCCAGAGGAUUAGAUAUUACCGGUCUGCCUUUUAUGAUAAACAUAACUCUUCCGGAUGAAAAGUCAAAUUAUGUGCAUCGCAUCGGACGAGUCGGCAGAGCCGAGAGAAUGGGUCUGGCAAUCUCUUUGGUCAGUAGUGUACCAGAGAAGGUGUGGUAUCAUGGUGAAUGGUGCCCUUCUCGUGGGAGAAAUUGUCAAAAUACCAAUCUGACUAAUCAGGGUGGUUGUUGCACUUGGUACAAUGAGCCCAAUUAUUUGGCGGAGAUUGAGGAUCAUUUGAAUGUGACAAUUCAACAAAUCGGAUCGGAUAUAAAGGUGCCGCUGAAUGAUUUUGAUGGAAAAGUUACGUACGGCGAAAAGAGAAUGGCAAUGGGUUCCAAUUACCAAAAUCAUGUCCAGCAAAUGGUUCCUGUUGUCGCAGAAUUGGCUGCAUUAGAAUCCAGAGCGCAGAUCAUGUUCUUAAAGGCUCAUAUAGCAGAGCGUUAGAAACGAAAUACUCAUUCGUGGAUAUUUAACAAUUGAAUUUCUAAUCCAAUUUCGCAAUACUAUUUAUAAUAUUAAU